ACACAAUGAAUAUCGUCGAAUGGGCUUUCGGAAAGCGCAUGACGCCAGCAGAGCGUCUGCGCAAACACCAACGUUCUCUCGAAAAGACGCAGCGAGAGCUCGACCGAGAACGAGUCAAGCUGGAGAACCAAGAGAAGAAGCUCAUACAGGAGAUAAAGAAGAGCGCCAAGGCAGGGCAGAUGGGAGCAUGCAAGAUUCAGGCCAAAGAUUUGGUUAGGACCAGAAGAUACAUUGAGAAGUUCUAUUCUAUGAGGACGCAGCUUCAGGCUAUCUCGCUGCGGAUACAGACGGUGCGCACGAACGAGCAGAUGAUGCAGGCUAUGAAGGGCGCGACUGGAGUUCUGGGAAGCAUGAAUCGAAGUAUGAAUCUGCCAGCCUUACAAAGGAUUGCGAUGGAAUUUGAGAGGGAGAACGAUAUCAUGGAUCAGAGGCAGGAGAUGAUGGACGAUGCUAUCGAUGAUGUUACUGGUCUAGAGGACGAGGCUGAGGGUGAAGAAGUGGUGGAACAAGUGCUCGAAGAGAUCGGUGUUGAUUUGAAGAACUCUAUGGGCGAGACCCCUUCAGGCCUCCAGAACAAUGCAGUGGCAGAGGGCAGAGUUGCACAAGCUAUCGGUGGUGGGGGAGCUGAUCCAGGAGACGAUGAUCUCCAAGCUAGAUUGGACAGCCUGAGAAGAUGAGUUUGGUGAUGGUUGUAUAGCCGGCGUUUAUGAUAGCAGGAGUCUGGGCAGCAUUUACAAUCCAUGAUAUUCCGUACUGGCCAUACAUGCUUCAUUGACGGUGGACCGGGUGAACGGCGGUCGAGUUCCGCGAUGGUGAGUCUGCCUCUUGAAAGUGCCUACAGGGCAAGAGGGAAGAAACAAGCCUCGAGUUUCCAAACAGUGUCCAUGAACAUGAUAUGUGAGAGCCAGGGGAAAUGUAGAAGAAAACCUCGUUACAUAUGAAAUAUGACUUCAUCCC